GAGGCAUUAGAUAGAGAGACAGAGGACAGAGCGGUACACAGAGAGGGGAACGAACAACAAAGAAGAGAUAGGUGGUGGAGGCUUUUGGUUUUUUUGUUUCAAAAAUCUUAAAGAAAACCCAAAAAAAAAAAAAAAAGAAAAAAAAAGAAACAAUUUCGUUUUCUCCUAAACCGACCCGUCAUCUGAUUUUGUUUAUUAUUUAUUGUUUUUGGGUAUGAAGUGAAUCCCAGAAUUUGACAUGUAUAUUCAUGCAAUCUCUAUAUAUGCGCCCUUUCAGACCUUUCCCUAUCAAACCCAUUUCCGCUUCUCUCUCUCUCUCUCUCUCUCUAAACCCCCCCUUUUUUCUCUCUACAACUACAAUUCAUCUACCAUGGUAACGCCUUCGCAAACCCUUUCAUGACUGUUUCAUCUUUCAAUCUCUCUUCUGGGUUUUAGUUUAUAUAUAAUUCUCUUUCUCUCUCUUUGUUGUUGAAUAAUUUUGAGGAAUUUUUGAUCACAUAUGGGCGAUCUUCGAGUUUGUUCUCGACAGCCUAAUGGCGUCGUGAAUGAAGAUCGCCCAUUUGAUCCCUCCUCAAUUGGGGAGGAUAAUUGGGUCAUAGCUGAACAAAUUACCCAAGAUGUGGUCUGUUUUAUUCACCCAACUUUGGACUCUGAGGAGAAGAGGAAGGAUGUCAUUGAAUACAUUCAGAGACUCGUCAGAUGUUCUCUUGGUUGCGAGGUUUUCCCGUAUGGUUCUGUACCUCUAAAGACCUAUCUUCCUGAUGGAGAUAUUGAUUUGACUGCCCUUAGCAGUCCUACUGCUGAGGAAACUUUUGCUCGUGAUGUACUUGCUGUUCUGCAAGGAGAAGAGCAGAAUGAAAAUGCGGAGUACGAAGUGAAGGAUACACAAUUCAUUGAUGCUGAGGUUAAACUUGUGAAAUGCCUGGUGCAGAAUUUUGUAAUAGAUAUCUCCUUCAGUCAGUUAGGAGGACUUUGUACACUCUGUUUUCUUGAGCAGGUUGAUCGCCUUGUUGGCAAAGAUCAUCUCUUCAAACGUAGCAUUAUUCUGAUAAAGGCUUGGUGCUAUUAUGAAAGCCGUAUUCUUGGUGCUCUCCAUGGUCUAAUUUCUACAUAUGCUUUGGAAACAUUGGUCUUAUAUAUUUUCCAUCUCUUUCAUGCAUCAUUAGAUGGGCCUCUGGCGGUUCUUUACAGGUUUUUGGAUUAUUUUAGCAAAUUCGAUUGGGAAAACUACUGUAUUAGUUUGAAAGGUCCUGUUAGCAAAUCUUCCUUGCCUGAUAUCGUUGCUGAGAUGCCAGCAAAUGUGGGGGACAAUUUGAUGCUUAGUGCAGAAUUUCUUAGAAACUGUAUGGACAUGUUCUCAGUUCCGUCAAGGAAUCUUGAUACAAACUCACGAGCAUUCCCCCAAAAGCAUCUAAAUAUAAUUGAUCCACUGAAAGAAAAUAACAACCUUGGGCGCAGCAUCCACAAAGGUAAUUUCUAUCGAAUACGUAGUGCUUUCAAAUAUGGUGCCCGCAAGCUUGGUCAAAUCCUUUUGUUACCAAGAGAAAGAAUUGCAGAUGAGAUCAAGAGAUUCUUUGCGAACACUCUGGAGAGGCAUGGACAUAAUUCUUGCAAUUUGUUCUCGUCAUCACAUUCCAGAAUGUUCUCUGAUGAAAAGAUUCAACUGAACUCAUUGAAUCUUGAUUUGGACAAUAACAUUCCUGGGGUAGGAGAUAAUGAACUGGACAGAUGCUUGAUGAAAGACAAUUCUCUUCAGAUUGUGUCAAAAUUGGCCCGUUCAAUAGAUGGGAUUGCUGUUUCAGGAUCUCACCUAGGGGGAGAAGCGCAUUUGAGAAUUGCAUAUGGCACAUUUGAUUGUUCUCCAUCAAGUUGCGAUUUGAGGUAUUCUCUUUCUGGGUUAUAUUACCAUCCACCCCAUUUCUAUUUCUCUGGAUUACCUGUGGAAAAUGGGAAGCUGGAAAAUGGGAUGUUAAAUGAAGAAAAUCUGACAAAUGUUGAUGAUGAUAAGAUCAGUGUUGACUCCUGGAUGGAACACAGAGAGAACCAUUUGGGGGCUGGUAAUAGAGUCUGUUCGUGUCAUAAUAAUCAUGAUGGUGUGAGCUCUAGUGGUUCAGGAAUGUCGAGUCCGAAUGGCACUGUUUUGGAAGGUUUGGCCCUCGAUUUUAGGGAAAGGGUUUUGGCUGAUAUUGCUGGAAGCCUAGAAACUCCGAAUCCCUUGUCAGACCUUAGUGGGGAUUACGACAGUCACAUAAGGAGUUUGUUAUAUGGUCAGUGUUGUCAAGGGUAUGCUUUAUCUGCGCCGGUACUACCCAAUCCUCCCACAUUCCCUUCUCAGCUCCAAAACAAAAAGGCAGGGGAUACUGUAUGUGGAUCCAUGCCGCUCAAGUGGAAUGAAUGUUCUCAAAUGAACGCAAAUGGUGUGUCCUUGGGACCAACACAAAACCUCAUGAAAAACAAUCCCACACCAUCGAAUUCUUCUUUGUGUUUGGAAGAGAAGCAUAAACCACGAGGAAUUGGCACAUACUUUAUUGAUUUGAAUGGUUGUUCAUGCAGGGAGAAGUCCUCACAAGGGAGCAGAAGGAAUCAAGUGCAAGAGAAUUACCGUCAGUUCCAGAGACAUGCUGGUAACAAUGGCUUUGCUCCGGCGUUGCCCGAGAAGAAGUCAUUUGACGAAGAUAGCCAUGAGGGCCCACGUGCACGGUCCCCGGUUUUACAUCAUGGGAAGUCUGAAUUAUCAGCAGCUAUGGACGCUUGUGGCAGUUGGGGAUCCAGUCCGAGCCUUGUGGCACUGGAAUUGCAGAGUUCAAAAUCAGCAGUAUUGGGAAGUAAGCGAGAAAGGUAGGGGAAUUUCUAGCAUUGGAAUAUGUCAAGGGUUGGAGAAAAACAGCCAUUCCAUCUUAAGAAUGAAGAUGAUUUCCCUCCUUUGACCAUCCUAUGAAAGAGCAGGCAAAUAAUAUGUAGAUGCUAACAUAUACACCAGUGCAAGAUUUAGAGAGUAAACCAUCUUGAACUUUCCUUCUUUCUUUCUUUUUUCCCUUGUUUUAUUUUUAUUUUUUUGUUGGGUCAAAAAUUUUGGUGGUGGUACAAAAAUGUUAAGGUUGUACAUUCUUCUGCCUUAUUCCGUCGCUCUUUUCAUUCCCAUUCACUGGCUUUUUGGUGACUGGGAAUUGCAUAUCAGGUUGUGAUCUUCUUGUAGAUCUUGUAGUUGUCCUGAAUGCUUCCAAACAUGUUUCAGUUUUUCUUGUUUAAAAUACAGUGUUGAAAAAGUUGAUACAAAAUUUUGAAUAGUUUUAGUGUUGAAGAUCGGAUAUAUUUGUA